GUUCUGCAGAUCUGUUUGAAUGCCAAAGGACAUUUCUUACUUUAGAAGAGAAAGGCAACUGGCUCUAAAGAAAACUUUACAGGUGGCUGAGUCAAAACCCCUUGUUAUUCAAGCAGAUGUAAUGCAGAGGGAGCUAGAGAGCUGCCUAAGGAGUGAGUACACUCCUGAAAAUUUACCUUUGCUUCUGUUGCAGUAUUAUACAGAGAGAAUUACCCAGCUGGCCCAGAGUAAAUAUUUACACAUGCUUAGGUGGAAGAGAUUUUGCCCUCACAUGGUAGCUAAAGAUGGGAAGGAAACUAGUGGCUGCCUUUACUUGCCAGUUCUGCCUGUGGCAGAAGAUAUGGUACCUAUUUUUAAGAAUGAGAUUUGA